GAAAUGUUGAAUUUAUCAACAAUUUCUAUCUAAACGGGCCCAUUCCAGUUCAAUGAUAAUGCUAAAGAAACAAAGUUCGUAGUCGGUAGCAAGUAACCAAGAAAAUGAGUAUAGUUGACUCUUGACUUACAAAUGUAAAACCAUUGACUUCCAUUUCGAUAAAGUUUCUUGAAACCAAGUUGAAAAGUCGAACAAAGCAAAGAUCCAAAGACCACACAAGCUUCAGCUUCAGAUCCUUGUCUGCUCACUAACUCCCUUCUGCAGAGAAAUGGUGGACGCUGUGGUGACAGUGUGUCUUGAAAAAGCCCUGAAAAUCCUCGAAGAAAAAGGCCGAGUUGUGUCGGAAUACAACAAACAGUUGAAAGAUCUGCAAGAUGAGUUGCAGUAUAUGCAGUCUUUUCUCAAAGACGCAGAGAGGAAGAAGAGGACGCACGAGGUGUUGCGCAAACUCAUCUCAGACUUGCGAGAGUUGGUCUACGAAGCUGAGGACAUACUUGUUGACUGUCAGCUCGAGGAUGGUAAUGAAGCUGAAGAGGACAACAACGAGCAAAGACCUUCAUCAAACGCGUGGCUUUCACGGCUCUACCCUGCUCGUGUCUCCCUCCAGUACAAGAAAAGCAAACGUCUCAAAGAGAUCAACGAGAAGAUAUCAUCCAUAAAGACUAAAGUCGAGCCUUACUUCAAGUUCAGGACGCCAAGUAAUGUCGGUAGAGACAAUGGCACCGAUCGUUGGAGCUCUCCUGUGUAUGACCAUACCCAAGUGGUUGGUCUCGAAGGAGACAAAAGAAAGAUCAAAGAGUGGCUCUUCAAGUCAAACGAGAGCGAGUUGCUGAUGAUGGCCUUUGUAGGAAUGGGAGGGUUAGGUAAAACCACUAUAGCUCAAGAAGUGUUCAACGACAAAGAGAUAGAGAACUGUUUCGAAAGAAGGAUAUGGGUCUCUGUGUCUCAAACCUUUACUGAAGAACAGAUCAUGAGAAGCAUCUUGAGAAACUUAGGUGACGCAAGCGUUGGAGAUGAUCUCGGAACAUUGCUGAGGAAGAUCCAGCAGUAUCUUAUGGGGAAACGGUAUUUGAUUGUGAUGGACGAUGUAUGGGACAAGAACUUGAGCUGGUGGGACAAGAUCUGCACAGGACUGCCUAGAGGACAAGGAGGCAGCGUUAUUGUGACGACAAGAUCAGAAUCUGUUGCUGUAAAGGUUCAGGCGAGGGAGGACAAGACUCACCGUCCGGAACUACUUAGUCCUGACAACAGCUGGUUGCUGUUUUGUAAAGUGGCGUUUGCAGGAAACAACGGUGUCUGUGAGAGGUCUGAGCUGGAAGAUGUUGGGAAGGAGAUUGUGACCAAGUGUAAAGGCUUGCCUUUAACGAUCAAAGCCGUUGGUGGGUUGCUUCUGUGUAAGGAACAUGUCUAUCAUGAGUGGAAACGAAUCUCAGAGUAUUUUCAGGAUGAACUAAAAGGAAACGCUUCUGAAACAGACAAUGUGAUGUCUUCUCUGCAGUUAAGCUAUGAUGAACUCCCUUCACAUCUCAAGUCAUGUUUUCUCACGCUCUCACUGUAUCCAGAAGACUGUGUUAUACCGAAGCAGCAGUUGGUUCAUGGAUGGAUAGGAGAAGGGUUUGUCAUGUUGAGAAACGGAAGAUCUGCAACUGAGUCAGGAGAAGACUGCUUUUCAGGACUCACUAACCGUUGUCUGGUUGAAGUUGUUGACAAAACAUAUAGUGGAACUAUCCUCACUUGCAAGAUUCAUGACAUGGUUCGUGAUCUGGUCAUCGAUAUAGCAAAGAAUGAUUCCUUCUCUAACCCUGAAGGCCUCAACUGUCGUCACCUUGGGAUUAGUGGAAACUUUGAGGAGAAGCAGAUCAGAGUUAACCAUAGACUAAGAGGCCUUGUGUCAACAACCAAGACAGGUGAAGUGAACAAGCUUAACUCAGAGCUAGCCAAGAAGUUCACUGACUGCAAGUACCUGCGAGUUCUCGACAUCUCAAAGUCCAUAUUUGAUGCUCCUCUCUCUGAUAUUUUGGAUGAGAUUGCGAGCCUUAAGCACUUGGCGUGUCUUAGCAUGAGCAACACACAUCCAUUGAUCCAGCUACCACGUUCCAUGGAAGAUCUCCAGAAUCUGCAGAUUCUAGACGCUAGCUACUGUCAGAAUCUGAAACAGCUUCAGCCUUGCAUUGUCAUGUUCAAGAAACUCCUUGUGCUUGACAUGACAAACUGUGGUUCACUUGAGUACUUCCCCAAGGGAAUAGGAAGCCUCAGGAGCCUCGAAGUGCUGUUGGGGUUUAAGCCGUCCAUGUCAAGCAAUGGAUGCAAGCUCAGUGAAGUCAGAAACCUCACAAACCUCAGGAAACUUGGUCUUUCUCUGACACGUGGCGACCAAAUCCAAGACGAUGAGCUUGACUCUCUGAUAAACUUAUCCAAGCUUAUGUUAGUCUCUAUCAACUGCUAUGACAGCUAUGGAGAUGAUCUUGUAACCAAAAUAGAUGCUCUCACCCCUCCACACCAGCUCCAUGAGCUUUCUCUAGAGUUCUACCCUGGAAAGUUGAGUCCCUCGUGGUUGAGUCCUAAAAGCCUUCCGAUGUUGAGGUACAUGUCAAUAUGCUCAGGUAAUUUGGCCAAAAUGCAUCAGAGAUUCUGGGAAACUGAGAGCAACACUCACUGGAGAAUCGAAGCUUUGAUGUUUCAUUCCUUGUCGGAACUAGAGAUAGAUUGGGAAGAGCUUCAACGGUCCAUGCCGUACCUUAGGACAGUGCACGCAAACUGGUGUCCGGAGCUAGAGACUUUUCCUAUAGAAGAUGUCGGUUUUAGAGGAGGAGUGUGGACGAAAACUCCAACACGCAGGACCUGA